AUGUUGUGGGCCUGUGAGAAUUUCAUAUAUUUAUCGAUAGAUUUCGUGAGAAGGUUAGUCGGCGGUUUAAGAGUCAAGCGUGGCCUUGGGCGUAGAGGUUUCUAUCCAAUCAGUCAUUUCCUGCUAGUGAUGGAUGCUUUCCUUAGUGCAUUUAAACAAAAACCUAAGGAAAGUAAAGGACGUGUAAAAGGCCGGAAACAUGUUCCUUGGGUUGAAAAAUACCGACCAAAAACAAUAAAUGAAGUUGCGUACCAAACAGAAGUUGUUAGUGUGCUGCAAAAAUGUGUUGAGGGAUCUGAUUUGCCAAAUCUGCUAUUUUAUGGGCCUCCAGGAACAGGAAAAACAUCUCUCAUAUUGGCUUUAGCUCGGCAGCUAUUCGGCUCACGAUACUCAGAACGUGUUUUGGAACUGAAUGCUAGUGAUGAACGAGGUAUCAGUGUCAUUCGAGAGAAGGUGAAAGCGUUUGCUCACAUUGCUGUCAGUAGCUCUGGUUCGGGUCAACAUAAUGUUCCACCAUACAAAUUAAUUAUUUUGGAUGAAGCUGAUUCUAUGACAGCACCUGCUCAGGCUGCUUUACGGCGUACAAUGGAGACUGAAAUGCGAACAACACGUUUCUGCCUAACGUGUAAUUAUGUUACGCGUAUUAUCGAACCAAUUACAAGUCGUUGUGCAAAAUUUAGAUUUCGUCCAUUGGAUAAUGAAAUUGCACGGGAUCGCCUACGGCAUAUUUCAGAUGCAGAGGGUUUAUCAAUUAGUGAUGAAACAUUGGAUCACUUACUGUCACUUUGUCAUGGUGAUCUACGUCAAGGUAUUACAAUGCUACAAUCAGUUCAUCAGUUAAUAAUGUCAUCAAAGAAUUCCGGCAACGAUACUUCUUCUAAUUUAUCAAUUACACCAAAAGAGUUAGAUGAAGCUGCAGCUGUGGUGCCUAGUGAACUGAUUAAACAAUUAAUGAAAACAUCAGAAAAUGGUAAUUUCGAUGAAUUACAAAUAAUCAUAAAAAAUCUAUUGUUGGAAGGUUAUUCAGCUCAUCAAACUAUUUAUCAGUUACACGAUUAUAUAAUCAAUUUAGAAAAACUAUCCUGCAAUCAGAAAGCAUCCAUUCUGGAAUCUUUGGCUCUCGCUGAUUCUCGAUUAAUUGAUGGUGCUGAUGAAUAUCUACAACUGUUGGCCGUUGGAGGUAAUCUACUGAAGACAAUUCAGACAGUCUAACAGAUAAACUAUGCAUUAUUUCCAAUAUUACUAUUAUUACUAUUAAGAUUAAUAAUUCUUUCGUGAAACUGAAAUUAUUAAUGAUAAUAAAUGUUUUAUAUCUAA